GCCUGCGUGGGCGUCACCGUGCACACAUAUGAUCCGUAUGAUUUCUGCGGCGAGAAUGGCCGCACCGAGUACUAUGCCAAUUCCAACGCCAUGAAAAAAGAUCUGAGCUCCCAGUUCAAAGACAUCCGCGAUUGGGCCUUCGACACGUUCAUCCCUGUGUAUGUAGGCGAGUACGGUGUUGGGCGCCAGAUGGAUCGACAGUGGGAUAGAGACAACGAAAUAGUCCGAGAGUACUACAAGUUUACGGCCAACCACUUCCGCGAGAGCGGCAUGGCCGUUGCUGCCUGGGAUGAUCCUGGAUGGUUCGGUAUCUACAACCAGCAGCA